AUGGCGUUGUGUGCCGCCAUCUUGGUGCUCACAUUGGUGAGACCGAUAGUCUGGGCCGCCGAUUUGACCUCCCAUGUUGAUCUUUUUUUGGGCUCCGAGGGUGGCGGCAAUAACUUCCCUGGAGUUGCUCGUCCAUUUGGCAUGGUCAAACUGGGUCCAGACUUAUACAUCAAGGGAACGGAUGCUUAUUCCGGAUACCUGCCCAAUGGCGAGUUCUCCGGGUUCAGUCUGAUGCACGAGCAAGGCACGGGAGGCGCCCCAAAGUAUGGCACGGUGGCGCAGUUGCCAUUGAUUGGCAAUGUCACCAACCCGCUGUCAAAUAAGACAGUUGCCCGAUCCGGCACAGACGAGGCGUCCGUGGGCUAUUAUAAGGCUCAAACCUCGGAUGGAACUGUAGUCGAGCUGAGUGCUUCUGCCCAUGCCGGUAUCUACCAGUAUACCUUCCCCGAGGGAUCCCAGGGAAAUGUCCUGGUCGACGUCUCACAUGUGCUGCCCUCCUUUCGAGGCCAGGGCCUGGGUCAGGGGUAUAAGGGAGGAAAUAUCACUGUAUUCCAUGACGGCCACUAUGAAGGUCACGGUGUGUAUGAUAACGGAUGGAACCGUUCGCCUGAUUGGUCCAUUUACUUCUGCGGUUACUUUGACAAUGCUCCUAUCAGGAACAAGACCUAUGUCGGGACUGAUGCAGGGGGUAGCGUUGAGCAAACAAACGGGUCCGCGACGUCCUCGGAGGGUUCGACUCGAAUUGGAAGCGUGUUCUCUUUUCAGGACUCCAAGGUGACCUCGCGUGUUGGGAUUUCGUGGAUCUCCACCGAAAAGGCUUGCAAGCACGUGCAAGAUGAGAUCCCAGAUGGAACUGACCUAGAUACCGUCGUCAAGGACGCCAAGUCGGAGUGGGAUUCGGAGGUCUUGUCCAAAGUCACCACGUCAAACAACAACCAGACGAGUCUCACCUUGCUCUAUACCUCCUUGUACUUUAUGCAUUUGAUCCCAACCAACCAAACUGGGGAGAACCCCGGUUGGACCUCGUCCGAGCCAUACUAUCAGGACAUUUUCACUUACUGGGACCUUUUCCGCUGUUCCACGGCGCUGAUGCAAGUCCUGCAGCCCGAGGCAUAUGAAGAACAGAUUCGAUCUCUCAUUGACAUCUGGCGUAACGACGGCUUCCUUCCGGACGCCCGUUCGUCCAACUACAACGGCCGAACCCAGGGCGGCUCCAAUGCGGACAAUAUCCUGGCCGACGCCUAUGUCAAGGGCGUCCGCGGUGCCGUGAACUGGGACGAUGGGUACCGGGCCAUGGUCAAGGACGCAGAAGUGGUCCCACCCAACGACCCGGUCGACUCGAUGGCACCAGAUUCCUCAACAAAAGAAGGCCGAGGGGCCUUGGCAGACUGGAAGAAUCUCGGCUUCAUCACGCCAAAGUAUACCCGCGCCGUCACGAGGGCCGUCGAGUAUUCCUGCAACGAUUUCGGUGUGCACCAAGUCGCCUUGGGACUCAGAAAGGACGAGGAUGCUGAGAAAUAUCUCAAUCGGUCCCGGAAUUGGCAGAACCACUGGAACCCCAACGCGACCUCCUUGGGAUUCUCGGGUUUCGUUGUCCCGCGCGAUCAAAAUGGGUUCAUCGAGACCGAUCCUUUGGGAGAUAGCGGCUACUGGGGCGACCCUUACUACGAGGCCAACUCGUGGGCGUACUCCUGGGCUAGCGUCCAUGAUAUGAAAAAGAUGGUCCAGUUGAUGGGAGGGUCUGAGACCGUCGUAAAACGAUUGGAUACCAUGUUCACCGAGGGUGCCAGUGGCUCCAGUGGAAUUAUCUUCGACUCCACGAACGAACCCAUGUUUAAUAUCCCGUAUCUGUACAAUUAUGUCGAUCGACAGGACUUGUCGGUUGUCCGUUCCCGCCACGUCGCAAAGACUUACUACCAUACGGGUCGGAAUGGACUCCCAGGAAACAGCGACGCUGGAGCAAUGCAAACAUGGCUUCUGUGGAACAUGAUUGGCUUGUAUCCCAUCACCGGCCAGACGACAUUCCUAAUCCACUCACCCUGGUUCGAGUCCCUGACGAUCGAUCUCGGAGAUGACAAGAAGCUGAAUGUCACCGCCAAAGGCGGCGAUGGAAAUGGUGACACCAACAUCCAUGUGCAGCGACUCCGGGUCAACGGGAAAGACUGGAAGAAGAACUGGCUCACCUGGGACGACAUUUUUGCCGACGGAGGGAGUCUCGAGUUCGAACUGGGCGGCAGUGCAAGUGACUGGUUCACAGGGGACUUGCCACCCAGCCCGGCUUCUUGA